AUGGUUGGCUCGUUGAAAAGAAGUGUCAACGUCUUGGAGGGCGACAGUGCAUUCCAGGUACUUAGCUAUAUCAGGCAGGAGCUAGACCGACUUAUUGGAGCCUACUUCCCUUACCUGAAGUACAACAUUGGGUUCCGCUUCCCACACGGCCUGGAGAAACUGACAGAAGAUCUGAAGACAGAGGUGUUGGAGAGUGACGACGUUUGUCCACCUGGCUGCCGAGAAGUUAUUGAAACCGCCCCGUACAGGAAGUGGCUCAGGAAAAAUGAAAAUACCUUUUGUCCAUCAGCCAGAAUCGCUGUCUAUCCACCUGAUGACUUGAUGUGCGACUUAGCAAGAAAUAUUGGAUUUGAGUGGGAGGAAGUAGCUGCCUAUCUUGGAGUGGAGAGACCUCAGAUAGAUCAUCUCAAACUCAACUUCCCCAGUGACGCACUUGGUCAGAUUCGCAAUAUGCUGUUUCAGUGGAGAGAAGGAAUGGGGGCUUGUAGCAAUGAGGAGCGUCGAGACAAGUUGAAGAAAGCGUUGGCAAGGGCCAGACGUAAAGACUUAGCGGAGAGUCUUAAGCUUGGGUAAUACUGAACUGCUAAACUACACAGACAUAAGACAUGUACAUUUGAUAGUGGAUUCAAUCUCAAAACAGACAUUAGGUCAACAUUUUUGUAGCAGGUAUUGUUCAGAUUUUUGAUUGCUGUAGUGAUUUUGAGAACUCGUUUUGUGUUCUUGUUUCACGUGUCCAUCAUUGCUCACCGUCCUGGCAGAUUUCAAUAAUUGAUUUUAUUAUUUAUAAUCUUAAUAUUUGCAUGCACAGUUGUGUCAUUCAAAUUGCCCUUGUAUAUAUUGCUGGUGUUCAUAAGUUGAAAAACAUAUUAAUUAGAAUUACACUUAUUUUUGCUACAAAAAGUUUGAUAUGGUAGUGAAAUCUUCCAGGUAGCUUUCUUGGGAUUAAACAAAAUUGUCAUUUUGCAAAUAUAAAAAUUAACUCAGAAUUACAUUGUGUAAUAGCUCUGAUGAACAAUGACAGAAGGCAAAUUAAUGAGAUGUGUAAUUUCAGUAUGUUACCAAACCAAG